AUGUCAAGUCAUAAUAAUAAUAAUAAUUAUUCUUCACAACAACAAGAAUCAUCAUCAUCAUUGUCGUCAUCAGAAGAUGUUUUACUAUUUAAUAAUUUAAAUCAAAGAUCAUUGUCGAUUACUCAACAAAGGUUAGCAUUACCUGUUUAUCAAUUAAGAAAACAUAUAUUACAUCUACUUGAAACAAAACAAACGUUGGUGGUCGUUGGUCAUACUGGUUGUGGAAAGACUACACAAAUACCUCAAUACUUGUAUGAAGCUGGAUGGUGUGAUGGUGGAAGAUGCAUAGCUGUCACGCAACCAAGAAGAGUUGCUGCUACUUCGGUCGCUGUUCGUGUGGCGGAAGAGAUGGGUGAGUCGACGGUUGGAGGCAAGGUUGGCUAUACCAUUAGAUUCGAUGACCAAACUACCAACACCACUGCAAUCAAGUAUAUGACCGAUGGUAUGUUGUUACGAGAGAUGAUGGUUGAUCCUUUGCUAUCAAGAUACCCCGUGGUGAUGAUUGACGAAGCACAUGAACGAAGUUUAAGUACUGAUUUGGUGAUUGGUCUGUUGAAAAAGGUUAUGGUCAGACGUCCUGAUUUGCGUGUCAUCGUGUCGUCGGCUACACUCGAUGCUGAAGACUUUUGCAAUUACUUUAAUCUCAACAAGGACAGUAAUGACAAGACCAAAGAUACUUGUGCCAUCUUAUCGAUUGAAGGACGAAACUACCCGGUCGAUCUACACUAUCUCGAGGAACCAACCGCAAACUAUGUCGACACGACCGUCAAGACCAUCGUAGACAUACAUCUUACACAGACACCCGGUGAUGUGUUGGUGUUUCUGACAGGUCAAGAUGAAAUUGAAACAGUCCGUCGUCAACUGAUUGAUCGUCUGUCGGAUGAUCCCACCAACCAACAACACCAGUAUACGAUCGUGCCGAUAUACUCAGGUCUGCCACUAGAGAAACAAAUGAAAGUGUUUGCACCACCAAACAUACACAAGAGAAAGAUUGUAUUGGCCACUAAUAUUGCAGAGACGUCAAUCACUAUCGAUGGUAUCGUGUAUGUGGUGGACUGUGGAUUCGUAAAGAUAAAGAGUUAUAGUGGACGUUCUGGAACCGACUCUUUGGUGGUGGUUCCAACCUCGCAAGCAUCGGCCAAUCAGCGAGCUGGCCGUGCCGGUCGUAAUAGAUCGGGUAAAUGCUAUCGUCUCUACACCGAAGCUGCAUUUGCCAAGCUAGACGUACACACCAUCCCCGAGAUACAACGAUCCAAUCUUUCAUCGGUCGUCCUACAACUCAAAGCAUUGGGAAUCGACAAUAUAUUGGCAUUUGAUUUCUUGUCACCACCCGUCGCAGACUCACUGGUUCGUGCACUCGAACUAUUAUACGCACUCGGUGCUAUUGACGAUUAUGCCAAACUAACCUCACCGAUUGGAAUGACCAUGGCAGAGCUGCCAACCGAACCCCCAUUCUCUAAAAUGAUUCUGUCGGCUGCUUCAGACUUUGGUUGCUCUGAAGAGUGUCUGUCCAUUGUUGCCAUGUUGACCAUCCCAGGAAUACAAUACAACCAAUCAUUGGUCAGAAAACAAUUUGGUGUCAAGGAAGGUGACCACCUAACACUGCUCAAUAUUUACAACUCCUAUGUCGACAUAAAACAAAAGGAUCAAUCUGGAUGGUGUCACGACAAUGGACUCAAUGCCAAAGCAAUGACAAGAGUACUCCAAGGCAAUAAUAAUAAUGAUACAAAAAAAGUGGAUCCAAGUGUAUUGGUUAGAAAGGCAAUCGUAAGUGGUUUCUUUUCAAAUGCAGCUAGACUUUUACCAGAUGGAUCUUAUCAAACUAUUAAAGAUAAAAGAAAUUUAUGGAUUCAUCCAACCUCUAUCAUUGGUACUAUCAAUUCUCCAGAAUGGGUUAUCUUCCAUGAUGUAAUUAUUACAACCAAAGAAUUUAUGAAGGAACUAACAGUCAUUGAACCAAAUUGGUUGUCAGAAAUCGCACCUCAUUAUUAUUCAAAAUAA